UUUGUUGAAACAAUUGGAAAUGUGUAAUUCAUUGGCUUAAUUUUAAUCUUAAUUACAACGCAUCCAGCUAUAGCCAUAUGAGCUAUCAUAUUCAAAGUGGACAAUUCUUUCUUUCUUGAUUUCUUCAUAGACCUUAUUGCUCACAGUUCUAUUUCGUACGUAAGAAAUUAAGAAGAAGAACCUUGUACAAUCAACAUAACACCCAACUCUUUUACUAUAUAUAUUCACAUUGUUACUCUAGACUUUUAUAGCAACUUAAAGGUUAUUAGUAUUCAAAACAGAAAGGAAAAAAAAUGAAGGUUGAAGUAACUUCAAAAGAUAUUAUCAAACCUUCUUCUCCAACCCCUGACCACCUCAGCCUCUACCAACUCUCAUUCCUUGACCAAAUAUCACCCAGAGCUUACAGUCCUUUCAUCUAUUACUACUCACUAAACGACAUCAAUAAUGACUCCAACGACAACAAUUAUAUCAUCUCUAACAUAUCCGAAAAGCUCAAGAAAUCUUUGUCCAAAACCUUAACCCUUUACUACCCACUUGCUGGAAGAUUCACUGAAGACUUUUGUGUUGACUGCCACGACGACGGAGCACCCUUCUUCGAAGCUCGGGUACUGAAGACGCAACUCUGCGACGUUCUAAACAACCCUAUCCCAGUCGAACUCAACGAUCUUCUUCCAUUUCCGCUGGACGAUUACGCAGAGUUUCCCUUUGGGGUCCAACUCAACAUCUUUGAUUGUGGUGGAAUUGCCAUUGGCGUCUGCAUUUCGCAUAGAAUUGCAGACGCUUUAUCUUGCUUAGAGUUUACAAAAAGCUGGAUGGCCAUUUCUCGUGGUGAAGAGAAUAAGGUAGUACCACCCACGUUCAUCUCUCCAUCGCUUUUCCCACCUAAGAAUAUUGGAGAUUAUGGUGCAACUUUUUCUAUCCCAAAGAAGAACACAAACGUAACAAAACUGUUUGUGUUCGAAGCUUGUAAGGUUGAGGCUCUCAGAGCCAAAUAUGAGGAAAAUUCUAGAGGAGAAAACCAUGCAAUACCCAAGUUGUGGCAGAGGCGGCUUUCUCGUGUGGAAGCCUUAUCUGCUUUCUUAUUUAGCCGUUAUGCUGUGGCUACUGGUUUAGAUGUAAAAUCAAAGUUAUGUUGUACCUAUCACCCUGUGAAUAUUCGUCCCAGGUUCGAGAAGCCAUUGCCGGAAAACUCUUUUGGCAACUACUAUCAUGGUAUGGAGACAUUAUUACCUCCGUCCAUCAUCAGUAGUAAAAAUGAGAAUUGUCACGAGCUGGCGAGGGUGAUAGGAGCUGAGAUAAGAAAGAUUGACAAAAAGUUUGUGGAAGAUCUUCAAGGGGUUGAGAAAUCAGAUGAAUACAUUGAAUCUAUGAGGAUGGGCAAUGAGGGAUUGGUGAGAGGAGAGAGAUGUGCAGUUGUGUUCAGUAGUUUGUGUAGGUUCCCUGUUUAUGAUGCUGACUUUGGAUAUGGAAAGCCUAUUUGGGUGAGCUCUGCUGAUAGGUGUUUUUGUAACAUAUUUGUGUUUAUGGACAACCAAAAGGGUGAUGAAAUAGAGGUUUAUGCUUGCUUAAGUCCUGAAGAUAUGUCCAAAUUUGAAGUUGAUAAAGAGUUCCUCUCUCUUUUGUCUGCUCAUACUAAGUGAGAAUAUUGCAUUGGAAAAUUCUAGGAUGCAUGCAACUCAUAAAGUAUGAGUGUUGAUGCUUCUUUUAUGUUUUUCACAUCAAAUAGUUAUAAUUUUAAAAGUUUGGAAUUAGUAGUUUGGAGUGUCGAAAAAUAAAGUUCAAACUAUCUGUUAUACGUUUGUACUUAGUUUGUUUUAUACGCGUGGAAUUGAUUAUUUGAAUUUAUAUUUAAUUAGAA